AUGGAGAAGAACCGCCGCUUAGCUGCUGCAGUUAUCAGUACAGUUGUUCUCUUGCUUUUGAGGACAUUUUUCACUGUCACGUUCUUCGUUACCAGCGUCAUUUGCAUUAUUAGAGCAGGAAGCAGUAUCGAAAGAUGCGAAGGCUGGCUGGGACUUUCGCAGAGAGCUAUUGACAGCCUUAAUACUACAAGCACUUUCGUGGAGACUAUUGUUUCUUGCUUUCUGAUCUUCCUCAUCUAUAGAUGGAAAGAUUUCAAGUUCAAAAACUUUCUCAGGGCUCUUGCAAAACAGGCUCAUUUUUGGAUGUGGACGGCUUUGUGGGGUGCACGUAUCAUAACGAACGUUCUUAUAGCUGUUAUUCCGGGUAUUAACGAAAACAAUCCUGUUCUUGUUGUGCUCGGCUUUUCGGUGCUCUUAGAGUUCGCUUCGACUACAGUGUUAGCUUGUGCUCUUAGCUUUGUGCAACUUUCUACGGUAAGGGAUUGGUUUUUUGAACAUUUUCCGCGGGGAGGAAGAAGUGAAAAGCUGAUGUACUUGUAUCGAAUAACUUUAUUCUCGUACGGUUUGCGAAUGCUUGCAUUAUUUUUGUACGAUUCAUUCUUGGUCGCAAGAGAGAUCAAUCGUCAAAGCGAGUUCCGUGAAAUAGACAGCGUUUUGUUAGCCUUGGAUGUUGGCUACAGAGGAAGUUUGACCAUAUUCUUCUUUCGCAAAUUCUUCGAGUUCGAAAAUAUACCUGAGGUCUUCGAAACAACGAAUUCGAGCAAGAGCAAGUCAGUGGAACCCAACAAAUGUCAGUCGAAAACUCAGGGACAGCAGAUUGAAACUUGCGGUGAUAAUUUCAAAAAUCAGGGGUCGAAGGACAUGAAAAUAGAAGAGAGAGGAACCGUAGUUGCUCGCGGAAAAUCUACGAAAGACUUGGAAUGCAGCACGCAAAUUUGA